GAAGGACCCGGGUGAGUUGGGGCCAGGAGGAGCCGCCGCCGCCGCUGCCGCCGCUGCUGCUUCUGGUGCUGAGAGGCCUCGCCUGCGCCCUUCGGGAACUGAGGUCUGUAAAUCAAAUGCUGUGCUGAAGUGUGAAUCAAGAAGCAGCCUGAAGAUGUCCUCUUCUUUUAGGGCUGAGUCCAGAGGUUUCCAGAUUCCACUGUACAAAGAAAUUUAUGUGGAUCUGAAGAGAUGUGUCUGAUGACAUGGUGCUGAAUCUUCUCAUUUCCACUGCGCUCUGGAAUGGCCAGCCAAGAAACAGAAGUUCAGAGACUGAUAUUCUAUAAUGAUUCAAUGAUAGAAGGAAUAAGUGACCAGGUACUGCUGGCAGUAGCGCUCAGCUUCACAUUCAUUGCUGUGCUGGCAUAUAUGCUUUUAAGCAGAAAUGAGCACCCAGAUAUUCAUCCGGAAAAUCAAGAGCUGGUGAGAGCAGUUAGACAACAAAUACAGUCAGAACAGGAGAAUGCAGCUGGUGACAGACAGCGAUUCUACACGGACAUGUCCUGUCCAGUGUGUCUACAACAGGCUGCAUUUCCCAUUGAAACAAACUGCGGACAUCUUUUCUGUGGUCCCUGCAUUAUUGCAUAUUGGAGGUGUGGAUCAUGGCUAGGUGCAAUACAUUGCCCCAUCUGCAGACAGACGGUAACAUUGUUUUUACCACUCUUCAGUGAGAGGCAAGAGAAUGCUGCACAGGUACUUCAGGAUGUCACUGAUUACAACAGGAGAUUCUCAGGACAGCCGAGAUCGAUUAUGGAAAGGAUUAUGGAUUUGCCCACUUUACUGCGUCAUGCAUUCAGAGAAAUGUUUUCUGUUGGAGGUCUCUUCUGGAUGUUCCGCAUCAGAAUAUUCCUCUGUCUUUUGGGAGCUUUGUUGUAUCUGGCAUCGCCUCUGGAUUUUCUACCUGAAGCACUGUUUGGAAUUCUGGGAUUUUUAGAUGAUUUCUUUGUGGUUUUCCUGCUCCUUAUAUACAUAUCCAUCAUGUACCGAGAGGUUGUAACACAGAGGCUCAAUAGAUGAAGGCAAGUGUCGGUGACCAAUGUUCAGGAACAUUCAGGGGGACACUUAACUAAAUGACCUACUGUGACGAAAACUAUAUCGACACACUUUCAGUUUCUGCUAUUAAAUCACUUCUAGCCAAACAUGUUUUGCAGGCAUGAGGAAUUGAAAUAAUGGUGAUUAGUGAACUGGAAUUACUAAUGUGCGUUAUAGAAAAAAGAUUUAAUUGAAGAUAUAAUACAUGCCUACUUAUGUUUACAAAAUAUGAAUGCUUGUAUGGCCUUCGAGGUGCCACCGGUUGCAAAAGGGAAUUUCUUUAAGAAUAUGCUUUUUAAAAGUAUUUGAAUGAUUGUGCUGGACAUGCACGUAAAGCACUGUUCAAUGUAUAAUUUCGUAUUCAGUGUGCAGUUUGAAAGGCUGCUCCAUGUGGGUUUUGAGGUGGGAAGGUGGGUUUUUUUAGCAAAGUAAUUUAGUAUCUGCUAGUGCAGGAAGUGCUCAAGUGAUACAGUUGUCACGAUAAGCUUGGGCUGCAACAUAUCUCUGCACGCAUUCUGUAAGUGCAAUAUUGCUUCAGCUCUGUAAAAUUCCAUGAAUUUAUCCCCAUACUGUUUUUCUGCAAAGGAAUGUGCACUGUCCUUUGGGGAGAGAGAUCUUAAAUGCCAGCAGUCUAUGGUUAAUGACAGUAUGUGUUUAGAUUUUGAACCGCAAGGUUCAGUGUUUCAUUGGAGAGAGAUGAAAAGCUAACCUAGGUUAAUGAGUUGACAUGGAUAUGCUACAGAGAUGGGGAAUCUACAGACUUGUCAAGUACAGAGGGCCGAGAACGUGACCUAUCAUACUUCACCAGGCUGACUAGGGCUGCAAUAAACUGGAUUCUGACAGUGUCUGGAGGGUCACAUGUUCCCCCAGCCCUGAUAAAACAUUGGGAUGCAAAGGGAAACAAAAUGUUGACCUCAAAUUGUCAUAGGGCUUCCCUGAUCAUGUGAAAUAUUAAAUAAAAUGUUAGCCAGGAUUCAUGCAGAAACUAGCUGAAAUCUAAAAUUGAAUUUCACCGUGAAUAUACUUGAGGGAAUAUCUGGUAAUGAGGACCAUGGAUGUCUGAGGAAUAUUCUUAAGAAAACCUUAUGCAUGAUUGCUUAGGAGUAAGCCUCAUUUGAACAAAAGGACUUGCUUCUGAGUAUUUAUUCAUAGAACAAGAUUCCAUUACUCCUGGUGUACACUCCAUAGUGGUCCUGAAUUACUAUGAAAUCAUUAUUUGAACUGUUUACUCUGACAUUGAAAUGGAGAAAAGAGUUGAAGAGAAGUGAGAGAAUGGUUGAUGCCAUUGUGUUUCAGAUGCAAGUGGGGACACAUGAACUAUAUUGCACAUGUGUACGGAGACACACAAGUUCAGGGCAUGGGCCAUCAGUGAACACUUUCUUGCCCUUUGGACAUAUAAUAAACAAUCACGCCAAUGCACGGAAUACCCUAGGAAAAGAGGGAAUAGGGCUAUAAAUACUUGAAUAUUAAAGGGUGCUAUGUACAAGGCUUACAAAACAUAUUCUCAAAAUGUAUAGAAUAGGUAUGGGGACUUGUGACCGGUCUUUAUGAAAUGUCUGCUCCCAUAACCAACCAUAAAUAACUGCUUCAAUCUUGCUGGGCCAACUCCUACUUUCAGUAUUUAAAGGAGAAGUAAUGAUUGUACUGCUUCAUGUUCAAAAGAGUUAAAAGGUUUUUAACAGGCUGUUCUGGUGAAGGUGAAAGUGUUAUGGUAGAAAUAUCGAGUUGCUUACUUAAUCUUCCUCUCUGGUACAAAAUCUUGAUGGCAGGCUUAAUUAUAGUAAUAUUUUACACUGGCACUGGUUUUCACAGUGGCUAGUAUUAACUAUGGUUUUAUUCUGACCAUCUUUGACCCUUGGUUUUGACUACUGUUUUGAUGGAAAAACCUGACUAGCAGUAACCUGGGUUUGAGUUCAAUGCCAGUAUAUCUUUAAACUGUGGCCCAUCAUGAAAUAUAUUCAUCUCACAGGAAAGGACUGUGAGAUGUUGCAUUCUGGUAUCAGUCAUGUUGUCACCAUGAUUGGCGAGGGUGAGCAGUCUGUGCACUCAUUUUCUAACAUUAGCAUUACAAUGAAAACAACAGCAUGUCAUUCAGUUGGAUGAAGUUAUUGCCAAAGAAUAUUCAUAAGCCACUUACUAACAGUUAUAUUUUUCUCCUAUUAAAAAUGCAAUAUGUAUGUAUUCCUAAAAAGGACCUGUUCUGAAAUCUUUUUUGUCAUCCAUGCAUCCAUUUCAACAAAAAGAAUCCUGUGUGCCAAAAUUGACAUAUUAACAUAUCCAUAUAUACAUGUUACAUGCAUUCGAAUAAUACUUUUUGUACGGUGGGUACAAAAGCCUUUGUUCUCUUCUGAAUGACUUUUGUAUGAAUUAGGCCCAGCUUCUCUUAAAAAUGUGUACCUGUUUUCAUUCUCAUAAAUGUUAGAUAUUUCUGUAAAUUCAGUCUAACAUCUCCAAAAACAUGGCUGGAAAUGUUCCAAUGAGUAGCACAAUCUGAGGCUUCUAUUAUUUGAUCUGAAUCUUUUUUCCCCAUAAAGAGAAGGAACAAAUGGCCAUUUAAAGCAGCCAUUCUUAACCUUUUUUUUUUGCCCACGCAUAAACACAAUGUGAAAGAAAUAUAGGCUGAAGCAGGAUUGUAGUAAGUCCUGAUUAAUGAACCUUAUAAGGUGAUGUGUGAAGAAUUGUUUACAAACUGUGGCCCCCCUCAAGUGUGCCAGCCCCAGGGAGCCAUAUGUCCCCCCCCUUGAAACGUCCCCCCCCUUGAGAAGGGCUGAUUUAAAGAAACAAACUGUUCCUGAAAUGCUUAAUGAUUUUUAAGGCUCCUUUUAAUGUGCUUGCUCACCUUUUCAUCCUGUCAUCACUUAUAUGUGGUGAUGAUUGGUUGGCUACUUCAGGAGAAUGCCAGCAUGAUGUCAUUGUGUGAGUCUUACUUGAUGUCUGGCCAAUCCAAAUCCUGACUAAUGGGCAGUGAAAAAAGUACAAAGGCAGUACUGCAUGUUAACUAUAAAACUUCAGUAAAGUAUAUAUGUUUACAGAGAGAACUUUGAUACUUUUUCAGAAGCUCCCUAUGUACAUCUCAAAGAGCUGCCAAGAGCAAAGAGAUAAAGUAAAACUCUUUUUUCUAUUGCCAUCUGUAUUUUCUGGUGGCUGAAUGCUUCUUUUAUGCAGACAUUUUGCUUUGCUUUCAGCUGAUUAAAAUAAUUGAAUUCUUUAGUAGCCUUAAUACUCUGCUUUCUACUUAUACUGGUAAUAUUUCUCAUUUGAGUCUCAUCACCAUCAGUAGCAUAGCUGUAGAGUCUCACAGAUAGCAUCAGCAUAACCUUAGCACAUAUUUGUGUAUUGUCUGUUUGUUGAUGAAUGGGGAAUUAACAUUAUUUUUUUGUAAAUAUUUAUUACAAACACCUACUCUUGGUGGAGAUGAUACAACUUCUAGGCUUGAUUUGCUGGUGUGGAUCAACACAGAUGGCAGCAGUUUUUGGACUUUCCUUGGUGCCUAGGUGUGAAAACUCACAAUGAGCACUUGCACUAUCAAAUUUACCCCCUCCCUUCUUCUGGAGAUGCUCUGAAGCAUGACCUCUGCAGAUAUUUCGUUCUUGCUGUCUGUAUUCUGUACACCAGUGGUCCCCAACCUUGGGCCUCCAGAUGUUCUUGGACUUCAACUCCCAGAAAUCCUAUCCAGCAGAUG